GAGAGAGAGCACUGAGAGAAAUUCUGCUUGUUGAAAACACUCAAGCUGAGUGGAUGAGCUCCGGGUACAAGGUGAACUGAAUUCACGGGUGGAAAACUUCUUCAGAAACUGAAUAGUAUACAUACAACAAAGUUCAUUAAGUGUUGUAGUGUGUUUCUGAACGCUUCACACCAUCUCUCUCAUCACCUGAAACUAACAGCACAUGUGGUUUCAACAAUUGGAGGACGUGGCGCCUCUUGUCUUUAAAUCAGCAGAUAUCUCAUAUGAUAGGGUGGCCAUUGUGGUCAACAGUUUAGAAGAGCUUCCUCCACGUCAAUAGAGGAAAUGGUGAGAAGCCAACCAUUACAGGGCGCAGGCACAGUGAUGCUGAAGAAGGCACUUCAAGUGCAUAUUUUUUAGGGUACAACAGUACAAGCAUUAAAUCAACUCUGGUAUUGUGACUGAGACGUCAUGGCUUCUGCAGACAUCCCUAUGGACAUCCUGGGUCCUGAAUCUGAGGAGCAGGAGUACGAGGAGGCCGGGGACCAGAGAGGAGGACCACUGAUCAAGUAUUACCAAGCAACUGAACUAAUGCCUGCUCCCAAAGGACCACUCCAUGACCUGAUGCUGAAGCAGCCUGCUGUGUUGGGGUCUUUGCAGAUGACGAGCGGUCUACUCAGUGUUGCAGUAGGAGUUGUGUUUGCUGCCACUCGGGAUGCGAGCCAGUCCCUUUUAACCAUGUUCAGAGUCGCGCCCUUCACUGGACUACUAUUCUUCAUCGCUGGGUUGUUAUCCAACCUGUUGUUCAAAUUCCCCAGACUAUUACCUGUGUGCCUGUGUGUCAACAUUGGCAGCAUGGUCGUAGCAGUCGUUGGAGGAGUGUUGAUAUGCGUUGACUUGGGCAUGGACAUGUCUCCCUGGAAUCCCAAUGUUCAAUAUCAUAUAAAGCUGGAGGUGCUGAUGCUCUGUGUGUUGGUCAUGGAGGUGACCCUCUCUGCUGUCCUCUCCUUCUGGAUCCGGGGAGCGAAACGCAGCCAUUCACUGUGAACUGUUAUCUGUCUGCCAGCUAUUCAUGGACGACCACAUCCAAAUAUAUUGACGUUUAAAAAAUGAAAUGAUAGUGAGCGAGGAUGACAAUGGGGGAAGAUAUGCUGUGUCAAAGGGCAGCGCCGCUGUAAAGGGACUUAUCAUUAUAAUGUCGUCUCUACUUGAUCGUAAAUGAACUAACAUCUGAAUUUCCAGGAUAGAGAGGACUCUAACUGUUUAGCUUUGACCAUCAGUAUGUGCAUCAAUGUAUGAGAAAGUACAGCAGCCUCAGAUAUCUUUACCCACUAUCCAGCCUAUGUAGGCCAGCGGUGAGUCCUCAUCAAGGGGCUUGACUCACCGCCCCUACACCUAUCUGUGGGUUUUAGAGUACUGUCUCAACCUCAGUGAUUGCCUCCCUGCCUGCCUGCCUGCCUCCCUGCCUGCCUGCCUGCCUGUCUGCCUGCCUGCCUCCCUGCCUGCCUGCUACGAGUCCUGUCUGUGUGGUUCUUUCUGACCAGGCUGGUUGUGGUCUAACUCUGCUGCGUAGCUACACACACACACAUGCACGCACGCACACACACAGCGUAGCUACACACACACACACAUGCACGCACGCACACACACACAGCGUAGCUACACACACACACACACAUGCACGCACGCACACACACAGCGUAGCUACACACUCCACUCAGACUGAGAACAACAGUCUUGUGGUCAAAACUGGAAUGCGUCCCAAAUGGCACCCUAUUCCCUAUUUAGUGCAUAACGUCUGACCAGGGCAGGGUAGUGCACAACAAUGUAGGGAAUAGGGUGCCAUUAGGGACACGGACAUGUUGUGUUCUCGGAGGUGUCGAGCCAACCAUUCUUCAUUAGCGUUGCCUGCUCAUUGGUUCUUUGUUCCCUAUUUCAACCAGUAUCAGUUCUUCCUGUGUGACUCUAUCUAUCUCAGUGUGUGUGUUUGCAGGGGUCUGUUUGUGGUUAAUGAUAAGAGUGUGUCUGUAUCUAGCAGUAGCUUUAGGCGCUAACUGUAAAGGCUGACAGCAUCAGUACAUAGCUUAAGCCUACCAGUUGACAGUUUGAAACAGAGACAUUUUCGAAAUAAAGCCCCCUAUGUUGUUGUUGUUUUCAACUGCUCACAUUUGGUCAUCUAACAGACUGUUAUCCAGAGAGAGUGCUUUGUCUUUGCUCGCUUCAAACACUGUAAUUGUUGUUUGAGUAAAAAUCAUUUCCAUAUUA